AUGGCGAGCUCAACUCUCUCCCUCGAGUCUCUCAGCUCUCCCUCUCCCUCUCCGUCACCACCGCCUGGGCAAAAACAUCUCCCCCAGCAGCCAUCCGCCCCCAAUGCCCCCACCUUCAGACCCCUUGACACAGACUCGGAGCUCUCGGAGCUCACUGACGAUGACCAGGACGCUGCUGCUGCUCUCGAUAAACGAAAUGCCUCAGCAAAGCCCUCCCACAGCUCGUCGCUCCCACCUCGCACCGCAGAUGGGGCAGACGAUGAUGAUGACGACCCGGCCAAUCUCCCUGGCCCGUCAUCUUCAAGACCAGCGAAACGCGGAAAACACCAGCGCUCGCUCUCUGCGCGUGGGGGUGGUCCCGGCCGCAAGAAGAGGAGUAGCAUAGUGCCAGCUCCCAUGUGGGGCUGGGCUGAGUCCAGGGCGCCAGCCAGUACGGCUCCCGCCGAAGAAGAAGAAGAGGAAGACACCGCCGGACCUCCUCGUCCCAUGGAAGAGGAAGAGGAGGAAGAGGAAGAGGGACCAGCAGAGAUGGAUGACGAGAACGGAGACCACGACGGCCCAUCCCAUCGUAAAGUCAACUCGACCAACCCCAAAAACCGAGUGCCGGAUGCACGCGGUUAUGGCUCGAAAAAACGCAAAUCUGGUUGGUCCUAUGCAAUGUGGUUGAAAGUUGACGGUGAUCAUCCUGCAUGGAGGCCAAUCUACGGAAGUCAGCCUAAGAUGGCCAAGUCAGCUGCCCACAAAAGCCAGAUUGAACGGACACUCCGCGAGGAGUUCCUGGAGCGCCUCCGUAAGGAAGAAGAGGGCGAAGUCGAGAAAGUCGACCAGGAAGAUGGACCUGAAAAGUCAGAAAAGGCAUCCCGUCGAAUACCUGCUGCUAAAAGCGACACCCUUCAAGAUAGCGAAGAAUACGAAGAUCGCCCGCUCGCCAAUGGUGACGAUGACGACGAUGACGGGUCCGCCUCUGGGUCCGAAUACCGUUCCAGCAAAAAGAAGAGGCCUAUGAAAGCCCGUGCCCCUACCUCUGCUUCGAAGAAACGGAAGGGUAACGGCGGUGAUGAAGACCACCAAACCGUGACCAAGAAGAAGAAGAGUGGCGCCACCACCAAGGUUGACCAUGGCGAGGGCAAUGAUUCGGAUGGCUCCAGUCGCGAUGGCCAUUCAACGCAGUCUGAAGACAACGCCAACGCCCAGCAUUCAACCAAACCCGACGCCUCAUUGCCCUCUUCCAAGGCCAUCCCAACCUCGGGCACUUUACCCUCUUUCACGAGCCCCAUCGACACUGGAACCACUGCACUCUCCACAUUGGCUGCCAUCGCCCACGCUGCCGACCCCACAUCCCCUCCCGCUAACGAGGUAGCGUCCAUCAACGCCGCCGCCGUUUCGGCUUCUAUCAUGGCCGGAGCGUCAUCAUUUGUCGAAAACCCCCCUGUCUCGUCUACUGCAUCAUCGGACGUCGCUGCUGAUCCGUCGCGUUCGAGAUCGCAUACCCCAGAGGCGGACGGUAACAGCGGCGACGAAUCGAAGCCACGCAAGGGCAAGGCCAGAGUUCGAGCGAAUGUCAGAGGUGGCAAGGCGAAACCUCGGGGGAAGCCCUCUGCGCCAGCUGCUGCGAACGAGAAGAAAGAGAACGGCGUCAAAGUUAAUGGCGCCGCCUCUUCCAAUCCUUCGGUCGAUUCUGGAGAUAAUAUUCCUUCGCCAACGACGAAGAAAGGCCCGCCUGCACUUCAAAUUGAUACAAUCGUCGAUGAGCCUGCAGACGAUGCAGCUGCUGCGAUUGCCGAUGAUGAAGAUAUGGACGUCGACGGCGAAGCAGAUAAAACUGCCAAUCACUCUAAUGAAGAGGCGGGUGAUGUUUCCAUGGAGCAUGAAGACGCCGAACCAGAGGAGGAGGAGGAGGAAGAGGAAGAAGAAGAAGAGGAAGAGGAUGGUGAAGAAGAGCGUGAAGAGUCCACCCAUGAAGAGGAGGAGGCAGACCCUGUUGAUGGAGAAGCAGCCGACGGUGAGCAGGACAACGAAGAGGAGGCGGUCGAAGGAGAAGGUGACGGCGAGGAGAAUGAGGGUGAAGGAGACGAAGACCACGAGAACGAGCAGGACCCAGAAGCUGCUGAAGCCGAACAAGACAAUGAAGAAGGCGAAGAGGGCGACAAUGACGAGGAUCCUUCGCCUGGCGAUGUAGACGCCGAUGUCGAAGAUCACGAUGGCGAUUUGCAACCCGCUCAUCGCGCGGAAGCGUUAGACGUUUUGGCCACCAUUGAACUCAAAUUCGCUCUACUCAGAGAGCGAGUAUAUGUGGAGAAAAUGGAGGGCUUAGCUUGGGAAGAACUCAUGGUUCAAUCUGCUAUACAUCCGGAAAUGCUACAUUUGCAAAAAGAGCUUUCCCAACGAAGAGACAAGCGCCUCGAGCUCGCUUCGAGGAAGCGCUCCUACGAAAUCGCCAACGCGGAAGCUCGUCGAAAGGCGGAUGAAUCAGGAGUUUGGAGUUGGUGGAAGGUUGCCAGAGAUGAUCUUCAGACAGAAAUGAUUGCUGAGAUGAGCAGAAAGCGACGCCGAAUGGAGAGGGAUAGACGAACUGCUGAGAAACAUCAACCGCCACGGCGCAUUCCAGUGCAGCAAUACGUCGCUGUUCCACCUCCAUUGCCUAAUAUGCGCAAAAUUGUCAAAUCUUAUCCGUUCGGAAGUCGCAAACAUAAUAAAGCUGAUGCGCAUCACCAUCACCACGCACACCACCCUAAAAAUCUGGUGUAUCCUGAAAUAUCCACCCUUUCUGCCACAGACAUUGCCAACGACCUGGAAUUUUUGUUCCAGAAUAGCAAAGCAUCCGCCGCGUACGACGUUCAGCAAUCUCUUCAUUCGCAUCAUCAUCAUCCCCAACAAACCUAUUCAUCAUCUUUCGGACCUCUCCCACCCCGAAACGGAAUCAGUGGCAUGGGUGUGGGCAUGGGCAGAUCGUCCAGUAUGGGUAUCAUGUCCAAUGGUCCACCUCUAUCUUCUCAUAUGCCUCCGCCAUCAUCAAUGGGGCCUCCUCACAAUUCAAUGAUGCACCCGCAUCAGCACGGUAUGGGGUAUGAUCAGUACGGUGAUAUCCCACCAUCCUUCGGUCCCGGAGGGCCACCACCACCACCAGGCAGAAUGCGCGAUCAAAUGAAUAGUAAUUCAUAUCCCCCACAGGGACCUGGAGGCAUGAUGCCGGUUGGACCUUCGUCGAACAACUCGAGGGACCUCAACUCGUACUCGAAUUUCCCAGGCGCAGGUGGACGCUCGCAGUCGCAUACUCAUGGGCCGCCAAUGCCCAUGUCGGGUGGAGGACAUGGCCACGGUAACGGAUACCCUGGAGAUCACGAAAUGAGCACUAUUGGUCCUGGUGGACAAGGCAAUUCCGCAGGAGUUGGGCACCAGAUACAUCCGCACCAUCCGUACUUUGGUCAAAAUAGCAUGGGUCCUGGGCCAGGUAACCAACACUCCCAACAGCAACAGCAACAAUCUCACCAACCUCCUCCACCGCAUAUGUCAAGCCAUCACAGUGGGAAUGUGAAGAGCGGGAUGAACGGCCGUAGAUCUGUGUCGCCUGCUCCGAUGAUGUCGAAUGGUGCUGGGAGUGGCCAUGGACCUGGUGCCAAGUCGAACGGCAAUUGGAUGGGAGCAGGCAUGGGUAUGCCCUCAUAUAACCUAGGUGGGGGUGGGGGUGGCAAGGGAGAUUGGGACCCAAGGCUAUUGCAAGAAGAGGAAGAAAGAGAGCGGAUGGCUCGAGAUAGGGACCUUCGGGAGAGGAAGAGAGAAGAACGCGAACGCGAACGCGACAAUAUGGAGCGCGAGAGGAUUCGAAGAGACCGAGAAUUCCAGGAGAUGGACCGGGAGCGAGAGAGGCGCGAGCAUCACAUGCAGCAGCAACAUCGUUCUGCCCUGCCAGGUGGACCACCCCCGCCCCCGCCGCCCCAAGGAUCUGGCAGCGUUCAUCAUCAUACCCUUCAUCACCACCAUCGAAGCCACCAUCACCAUGUCGUUCAUCACCAUCACGGACAAGGGUCGCAGCACGCGUCGUCGUCAUUGCCGCCUUCUGGGGGUCCACCUGCCAUCAUACACAGUCCGAGGUCGACUCGAGAUUACGAGAGCUCGCGGCCUCCAUUGCUGCAUGCCAGCUCAGGACCUAGCCAUUCUCAUCCAACGGAAGUCAUCAAUUUGUCGUCGGGCAAGGGCUUACCGCCUCCCGUGGGACCACGAGGAGAUAGGGAAAGGGAGUCCGGUCAUUGGUCAUCCAAAAAUACAGAAGACCAUCAUCCCUCUCAUCUUGACUUCAGAGACAGAGAUCGGGACCCAAGGGAUAGAGACAGAGACAGAGAGCGGGAAAGGGAUCGAGAAAGAGAGAGGGACAGGGACAGGGAUUCCAGGAAAAUCCUUUCUUCAAGACAUUCCUCUGGCCCUCCUAUACACCCUCUCGAUGACCGAGGCGAUCGACCCAUGGCUAUGCCCUUUGUCAUGGCGUCCAGUCAGGCUAUGCAGCAAGCCUCUGCAGGCUCGUCCUCCGGCUCUCACAUGAACGGCUUAGGAUUGAGUAGUUCUACAGCUUCCCCUCGCGGCCCGCCGUCCUGGAAUACACCUGCAGGACCGGAAGAGCCAUCGUAUCGCAUCCCUUCUUCUUCCUCUGCUCCUCCGCCUUCAGGUCCAUAUCUGGGAUCUUCGCCAAUCCAAACACACCGUUAUGUAUCUACCAGCGGCCCACAUGGUCCACCUCUAUCUCGCAUGCCGAGCAACAACCCCUCUUCAAGUCUGAGCAGAAUGGCAUCUCCUCCAAUCCCUCCAACCAGUAGUCGCACCCGACCACCCCCGAGUCCCUCUUACUCUACAUCCAUGUCAAAUUCACAUCGCUCCCCAGUGACCAGUCCCAAAUCCCGGCCAAUGUCGCCCCCGCCGCCCAGCGGAAGCAAGCAACAUCUUUCUGGUCCUUCAGGAUCAGGUUACUCAUCGUCACCUCGUCUGAGUGGUCCUGGUCGCACCUCCACGCCGAUUGGACAUCAUCCGCCGCCGCCGCCGUCGUCGUCGGGGUCGUCGCUGGCAAACAUCCAAUCGGACGGGGUGAUGAAAAACGGCAGUCACCCAUCCUCGUAUCCCGUCAGCAGCCGCACGGCAUCGCCUCUCAUGUCGUCAUUACAUGCGCCCCUGUCGGGUUCGGGCAGACCGACGUCAAAUGGAAUGGGCGGAAGCAAUGCAUUAAGUGGCGGGUCUGAUCGUGAUCGACUUGAGCGGGAUCGGGAGCGACAUGCGGUCGCUGCUUCAUCGCCAAGGCUGGGAUCUACAGUGGUACAUCCUCCACCGUCGAAGUUGAGUGCAUAG